GCUGGCAUCGCCAUGAUUCUUUUUGAAAGUGGGGUCGUGCGGUUCCGAGUCUUGCGGGAAAAGUUAAUUAUUUGAAGGUUUUGAGGAAGCUUUGUUUUACGCCAUGGAAGCGCACCAGGAACAACUUCUGUGAGGACGACAGAGCACAUUUCGCAGUAUCGGCUCCUCCGAGCCACCACGUCAAAGGGUUGCAGCCGUGUCUUGAAGGGUUCCGUGCAUCAUCAGGACCACGGAGCAUUCCUGCGCUUGUUGAUUUGAUGUGUGAUUACAACGGCUUUCCCUGUUCCCAAGAAGACAUGAAGCGCGUGCGCGUGAAGCUGUGCGCGUGCACGACGGGGGACGCGGUCAAGCUGUCUCCCAAGCACGCCGAAUGGGCCGACAACAACGUCGUCGCGUUGACGAGCUGGGAGAACGUUCGCCUGUCUUCACCGGGGCUCUUGGUGCCCUGCGAACUGAUCGAAGGCUGUGACGAAGCGUGCGCUCGGUCUGUCGGGGCCGGUGCUGUACUACUGCACGUGCACGAGCAGUUUGCGCGUCGCUACUGUCUGUCCGAGCCUCUGGCUCUUGUUUCACCGCUGAGCUGGCCCCGGCUAGACCGCCUUUCAGUACUGGCUACCGACGGACAGCGCUACGAGGAACUGAGGGACGGGCAAGCCCUGCGAGCCAUGGCCGAGGAGCGGAGACUGUGCCGCGUCGGCGACUGUCUGCAGCGAGAUCUGGUCGUGGUGGACUGUCAGCCGACGCGCCAGGGGGUGCUCGUCCCGGAGACUCAGGUGCUGGUGGUGCACAGGCCCUUGGAGGGCCAAUCGCAAGACCUGGGAGCCAUGCUGGGGCUGGUGCGCUACGCGGGCCACCUGGUGCUGCCAUCCCUGGGCCGGAGGCGGGCCGGCAGCCAAUCGCCGACGUCGGUGUCACUUGGAGUUCAUGUGGCGUCCUGGCUGCCCUUCCUGGGAGAGGAGGGCCCGGACCCCCUCAACUCGGUCUUCCUGUCCAGGGCUACCCUGGCGACCCUGGGGCUGGCCCCUGGAGCGUGGGCGUGGGCACGGCUGCAGGGGGCACCCUCUUCUAGGAGGCGGGCAGUGACUCUGAGCUGCGUGGAGAAGUUGUGUCCAGCUCCCCGACAGCCACCUCGGGCGUCGGCCGACCCUUCACCGGCGGAGGUGGCGCUGCUCACUCCCCAGCUGUGGUUCCACCUACAGGAGCAGCCGAGCGUCCUCGUCUGCCCCAGCGCGCUCCUCUCCCUCACCUGUCCCGGGCCGGGAGAGUCCCUGCCACCACCGUACGCCACUGAGUUCCACCUUGCCAUGGUGCACAGCCCGGGCUACAGCGUGCAGCUUCACUGCGCGGCACUGUUGCAGCAGCACUUCGCACAACCCAGGUACCUGUGCAAGGGCGACAUUGUCAGCAUUGGCUUGCGGGGUGUCGCUGCUCAGACGGAAUCUGCCGAAGACGCACCACAAGAAAGGAGUGCCGUGGCGUUCUUCCGAGUGACCCAGAUGCGAGGUCCUUCAGACGCCCCGGGGUUCUUGUGCCACCGUGACCACAGUCGCCUGUACCAGGCCGGCACCACGCGCAGCUACGUGCCGUCGACGAUGGAGGCGUACGCCGGCCGGGGCCCUCCGCACCCGGUGUGGGACUGCCCCCUGCCCCCGCACCUGGGACCCUGCGUGGAGCGACUGCAGUCCCUGCUCAUGCCCUUUUUGCUACGCCCGUCCCUACGGAGGCGGGUUGCCCCCUGCCUGCUGCUCAGCGGAGCUCCUGGCUCUGGAAAGUCCACCACUGUGGCAGCAUUGUGCCGCUGCUUGGGCAUGCACCUCUACCAGGUCAAUUGUCAGGAUUUGAUCGGGGACACGGCAGCUUCCACGGAGGCCCGGAUCAAGGCUUCCCUGCAAAAAGCCAGCUACUACACCCCGUGCAUGAUGCACCUUGUGAACAUUCAGCUGCUCGGACAGGGGAAGGAGCUGGGAUCUGGAGGAGAGCCCCGUGUGGUGCGUCUCUUUGGGGAGGUUGCACGCUCCCUGAACGGGGACCCGGAGGAGCUGCCCGUACUGCUGCUGGCAAGCACAAGCUCCCCGGACGACCUCCACCCGGACCUGGCGAGCCUCUUCCUGCACCACGUGGCCAUUCCGUACCCGAACGAGGAGGCCAGGGUGGAAAUCCUGGAUGCCCUGUUGUGCGCUUCGCCCAAGAGCAGCUCCGUGGACGUGUCGUACCUUGGGCAGAGGACCGCCGGGUUUGCGCUGGGCGACUUGUCGGCCCUGGUUGCCCAAGGGACCAAGGAGGCCUACGCCAGGCUCAGGUCAUUGCGGCAGGGGCCCUCCCUGUGCCUGUCUGGGCCCCAGCUGCUGCAGUGCGACCUGCAGGCUGCCCUGGAGGGGCUCCAGGGCAGCCAGGCGCACGCGGUGGGAGCCCCCCGCAUCCCCACCGUGCACUGGCACGACGUCGGGGGCCUGGGGGACGCCAAGCGCCUGCUCACCGACACCUUGCAGCUGCCCCUGCAGCACCCGCAGCUCCUCGAGGCGGGACUCAAGCGCUCCGGUGUGCUGCUGUAUGGACCCCCGGGCACGGGCAAGACGCUGCUGGCCAAGGCAGUGGCCACCGAGUGCUCGCUCAGUUUCCUCAGUGUCAAGGGUCCUGAGCUGAUCAACAUGUACGUUGGGCAGAGCGAAGAAAAUGUGCGGGCAGUGUUCGCCCGUGCUCGGAGUGCCGCUCCGUGCGUCAUCUUCUUUGAUGAACUCGACUCGCUUGCUCCCAACCGUGGCCGCAGCGGGGACUCCGGUGGCGUCAUGGACAGGGUGGUGUCCCAACUGCUGGCGGAGAUGGACGGCCUAAACAAGUCGGCCGAUGUCUUCGUCAUAGGGGCCACGAACCGGCCAGACCUGCUGGACCCAGCCAUCCUUCGACCCGGAAGGUUCGACCAGCUGCUGUACGUGGGGAUUCUUACCGACAGGGAGUCGCAGCUUAAGGUUCUGAAGGCCCUGACUAGGAGGUUCCACUUUGCGGAGGGCUUUGACCUGGGCUCAGUCCUGGACGCGUGUCCGUCCGGGCUCACGGGUGCCGACUUCUACUCGCUCUGUUCGGCUGCCAUGGCCUCUGCCACCAGGAACCACAUCCAGGCACUGGAACAAGGUGAGCUUGCUCCCAACAACCAGACUGUCCUGGUGACGCUGGAAGACUUCAAGGUGGCCCUCAGAGACCUGGUGCCUUCUGUGUCUCCAUCCGAACUAGAACGUUACGACGACAUCCGACAAAAAAUGUCGUCCUCCGCGAGACCUGCUAGGAAUGAACUCUGAAUGGGAAAGUGUCAUGUUCACGUGGGGGAGAGAUGAUUUGUGUCGUACGACCCGCCAUGUUUGUUGCCCUUGUUUUGUGAAACGUCCGUCCAUGUGAGAAGGUGACUGUCGAUAGCCGGCCGAAAUAUGCAACGCCUGUGUGCUCAGUUGGUUCACUAAGUGGUGCAAGUCUGAAAUCUCAGAAGUGCCCAAGAGAACCGUCGGCUAAAAACAGAAGAUAUUUUUUGAUGGGGCAAGCAUUCAACUCGCUGGUUUUGGUGGCACGGUGACCCUGUUAUAGUGCAAGAGAAAUACAGCAACUGCCAUCCACUGUUCUAAAGAGGGUUUUAGGUUGCUUUUUGUACAUAAAAAAAUAAGGUAUAUGUUGAAUAUAACAAACCCGGAAAAAGUGGAGUGUCAGAUAUAAGGAGCUCAUUUUUUAUGCACAGAUUCUUCAAUACUUUUAAUAUAAUUUUAGCCCACUGUUAAGGAACAAACUCGAAGCGGCAUCGUAAAUGUAACGAGGUAAAAAGGCUGAAGCUGAGAAGUCUUACUUGCGAAAAUGACCAAAAACUGAUGCUUCAUACUUCCUGCAGCAAAUAAACCCUUUGACCUA